AUGGGAGGUGCUAAUGGAAGUAAAAUUUUAGUCACCACUCGAAGCAGCCGUGUUGCUUCCAUUAUGGGCACAGACUCUGCAUACGAUUUGAAUGAUCUUCCUUACCAGCAUUGCUUGUCUUUGUUUUUCAGAAGUGCAUUUAAAGGUGAGCAAGAAAAACAAAAUCCAAACCUUAUAAGAAUUGGAGAAGAAAUUGUGAGAAAAUGCAAGGGAAUUCCAUUGGCAGUGAUAACUCUGGCAACUCUGCUGUACUCUGUAACCGAUGAACGUGAUUGGGAAGUUAUAAGAGAUAAUGAAAUAUGGAAAUUAGAACAAAAAGGAAAUGAUAUUUUGCCUGCUUUAAGAUUGAGUUAUGAACAAUUGCCAUCUCACUUAAAAAGAUGCUUCGCAUAUUGUUCUGUUUUUCCAAAGGAUUACAUAUUUUACGAUCUUGAAUUGGUUUAUAUUUGGAUGGCACAUGGACUUGUUCAAUCUUGCAAUGAAAAUCAAGAGUUAGAAGAUGUUGGCUUUCGCUAUUUUAAGGAGUUAUGUAGUAGAUGUUUCUUUCAAGAUUUUAGGGAGGAUGCAGGGGAUGUUCAGUGUAAAAUGCAUGAUCUAAUGCAUGAUCUCGCAUCAUCAGUGACACAAAAUGAAUCCUCAGCAAUAAUUUCCGGCUCUCAACAGGUUUCCAAAAACGUUCGACACUUAUCUUUUCUUUAUCCUGAAUUACUUCCUGAGGAUCUUCCUAUACCCUUUCAAAACCUUGAUCACGUGCGAACCAUUUCCUUUUUAAAUGAAAGGAGAGAAGGGAUUAGUAGUGAAGUAUUCAUUGAUGCAUGUUUCUUAAGAUUUCAGUGCUUGAGAGUCGCGGAUUUGGCUUAUUCAAAGUUUGAGUUACUACCAAGAAGUAUAGGCAAUUUGAAGCAUUUGAAAUAUCUUAGUUUAUGGAAUAAUUUUUUCCUUAAAAGACUCCCUAAUUCCAUAUGCAAGCUACAAAGCUUGCAAGCACUAAUACUUGGCGGAUGUGACGAACUUGAGGAGUUGCCCAGAGAUAUAAAGUACAUGGUUAACCUUAGAUUCCUUUGGAUAACUACAAAGCAAAAGUAUUUACCAACUGGAGGAUUAGGGUGCCUAAAAUCUCUUCGAUUUUUGUUCAUUACUGGUUGCGAAAAUCUAGAAUAUUUGUUUGGAGACUUGCAUGGCUUGACAAAUCUUCGAAGAUUGUUCAUUGGUGGUUGUGACAGUUUGAUCUCUUUGCCGCAAAGUAUUAAAUUCCUAACAACAUUAAAGAUUCUCAAUAUUGCCAAUUGUGAAAACCUUGAUUUGGCAAUAGAGGAAGUGGAAGAUAAUCAACACCGAAGUCCAUUCAGUCUCCAAAAGUUAGAGAUCAUUAACAUACCAAAGUUAUUGGGAUUCCCAACAUGGCUAAUUCGAGGAUCAAUCAACAGUUUAAAAGUCUUGAAAAUUACAAAUUGUGACAACCUUAGAGAAUUACCGGAACCUCUACAAAACAUAGCAACACUCGAAGAACUUUUGAUCUAUGGUUGUCCUAUGUUAAACAAUGAACGCCUACAGAAUAUAUCAGGUGCAAUUCAAUUAUCAUUGAGGGAGCUAAACCAAAAUUAUAAGCAAGCGAAGAUGUUAAUGUUGAUCAAUUAG